UAUAAAUCUCUAUGUAUGUAAAUUAUUGAAAUUAAAACAAACAUUUCUUUUCGUGGAUAUUUAUUAAAUUGUUUUAGUUACAUCAUCGGCAAUGAUCAAGUUAUAAAUGGUAAAUUAUGGGAAUAAUUUCAUGGUGGGUAAAAAACCUGAUAAACUUUCAAAUGGACCUAUUUUAAAAUGCAAAUCUUAACUUAAUUUUGUAGGAGAUUCAAAUAACCCGCUUUGAAUAUGGCGGGUUCGUACACAACCGCGGCCACACGUUUUUGAGACGGUUUUAGUGUAUGACACAAAAUAAAUCACAAUGGGUUCGGGAUUAACGAAGUAUUCGCGGUUUGCAUUCGAAGUUUUGAACGAAUUUUACUCGGUAUUCGCCGCUGGACCCCUCGGAAUAACAUUCGUCGCGUAUAACGGAAUCGUACAUCAUAAUUUCUUUAAAACGUUAUUUAUGACAUCGCUAACGAUCGCUUCGUUAAUAUAUUACUUUAGAGGGACCCAAUUCGUCACUCCUUCAAAGAAUAAAGUGGUUUUCAUCACCGGUUGCGAUUCGGGGUUAGGAUUUUCACUAGCACAACAUAUUAGUGAUUUUGGAUUUACCGUGGUGGCAUGUUUCUUAAAUUUGGAAUCGGAAGGCGCGAAGAUUUUAAAAAAUCGAAAGGGUUUAAUUCCUGUUGAAUUAGACCUUACUGAUGAAGAAAAUAUUGCUAUUGUUGUUAAAACGUUAAUGUUAUUUGUUGAGGAUGAAUCUAGAGAAUUAUAUGCUGUUAUUAAUAAUGCUGGAAUUAUGGUUUUUGGGGAAUUCGAAUGGUUAACUGAAUCCUUAAUCGAACAACAAAUUUAUAUUAAUUUAUAUGGAUCAAUGAAAAUAACUAAAGCUUUAUGUCCGCUAUUGAGGAAAUCAAAAGGUAGAAUUAUAACAAUAACUAGUCAUUGUGCAUUAGCUUCAUUACCUGGCUUAUCGGUUUAUGGAGCAACAAAAGCAGCCCUUCAAGCUUGGUCGGAUGGUUUAAGAGUGGAAAUGGCCAAAUAUGGUGUUAAAGUGUUAACAUUUGUGCCUGGUUCUUUCGUUCAUAGAAGUGGAAUCUUAGGUAGACAGAGCACAUUUGCUGAUGAAAUGUCCGAAGCAAUGACUCAAGAGCAAAAGAAAUUUUAUGGAGAUUAUUUUCAACGAUACAAUAUGUAUUUGAAUUCGAUACCAACUCCGCAAUGUCCUGAGAAAAUCGACGAUGCCAAUUUGUAUGAAUUAUUUGAAUUAGCCUUAACUGAUGUGAACCCGAAAUCGAUUUAUUUAAAUGAACCUUGGAGAUAUAAGUUUUAUCAUGCGAUAUUUAGAUUUUCGCCAUGUUUUAUCAGGGAUUAUUUUAUUGUUAAAUUUAUGGCGAUGCCUGAGUAUAAACCGCGUCCUGGUUUUUGAGGGGUUAUCGUCUAGUGAUUCAUUUUUGCAUAUUUGUAAUGUUUUCAAUAAAACGAUCAACAUAAGUAGUUAAA